AUGCAUCUGAAUGAGAAAGAUCAAGAGAUUGAGUUUCUCCGGUCUAUGUUGGGGCGUUUGUCAGAGAGAUUGGAAAAUAUGGAAAAAUCUGUGGACUUGAAACUUGAACUGGUAGAGCUAAAUCAAAGUAAAAUAAUGGAUGAAAUUAUGGAUAACAGAAAGGAUAUCACUGCUGUUACG